UCUGUCAAUUUUUCGGAUUUCGUGUUUCGUAUUAAAAACUUGGUAACGUUUCGUGUUGCAAACCGGGUACAAUUUUACAACCGGGGUUCAGACCCGUUUUGACGCACUGAUAUCAACGCUUUUGAGUGACCUUAAGGAGCGUUAUGAACUUUAAAAUGGUCUAAUGUUAUUUUGUUUCAUAAUUGUGAUAUUUUAAUAGUUAUUAUUACCUGUUUACCUACCUAUAAUAUUUCAAUUUUCAGAUUAAAAUUUAUUAUAAUAAAUACUAUAGUUUAUACUCACUUUAAUUUCCAAGUAGUCAUCAUGGUUGCACAAAAAUUUUUGUCUUUGAUGUUGGCCGGGCUGUUAAUCGCAUCUUCAGCCAAUGCUGGACCGAUUGCAGCUGGAAUUUGCUAUGCUGGAUGUGCUGGCGUGACGGUUGCAUGCUUCGCUGCCGCCGGGUUUACGUUUGGCACUGUCCCUGGAGCAGUGAUUGCUGCUACACCCGCGUUGGCUGCGUGCAAUGCAGCAUUUGGGAUUUGUGAAGCAAGCUGUGUGGCAGCAUUAGUUGUACCCGUACCGUAAGGCUUAAAGCCUAAAAAAUAUUUUCUUUUCAACAACUCAUGUACUUAAUGAAUUUUUUUUUAAAUUUUUAAAUUUUUUUUUUUAUAUAUACGCAAAAGUUUUGCAUUAAAGUGUUGCCGUGUUGGUAAUUCAUCAAAUAACUAAAAUAAAUAAUUUUUUCAUAAUAAAUAGUAAUAAAUUGGCAUAAAUAAACUGCUUUGAUUAUCUUCAUUA